AUGUCGCAGACGCCAAGUAGUUCGGACGAAUGCAAUUAUCAAAAUGAUGCUGUCUUCAUGUAUUCAAAUCCUUUUCGCAUUAACGAAAAUCAUCCUGCUAUUGCUCGUUCGAGGCCAGAUCCAAAUUUGAUGUUUGCGCAACCACCACCACCAUUUUAUCCGUAUUUUCCUCAUACGCCACCUCCACCGCAACGUAGACAAGUUCCAACUGUGCUCGAAGUCGGUGCUACCCGCCCGUCGACUAGUUCUACCUGCGCGUCGACUAGUUCGACCUGCGCGUCGUCUAGUUCUACCUGUGCGUCGACUUCUACGGCUAACAAAACAGUAACUUGCGAUGCAAUUGGCGCCAAAUCGGUGGGAACAAAAUGGGGGGAAGCACAAACCAGUGUGCUCGUCAGUGAGUGGAAAGAAAGAGUUGAGGAAGUGGAAAGUGCAAGAGCAACCGAAACUUGGCACAAAAUCGUUGCCGAAGUAAACAAGGCGGGUAGUAGAAAGACUGUUAAACAGUGUAAAGACAAAAUUCGAAACCUCAAGAAGGCAUAUAAAGAAGCGAAGACCAACAACAACCAGACUGGACGGCCACCCCAAACCAGUCCAUACUAUGACUCGUUUGACGAGGUUCUUGGUACGCGGGCCGUUGUGACGAUGCCAGGAGUAAUCCAGAGUGGGCAAAUCAGAGAUUCCUCCUCUAGUUCGCAAGAUCCAUCCAAUGAUUCAGACGAAUCGGACCAGGAAUCCGACUCAGAAAUAAUGGGUGGGUCUGAUUCAGAAAGUUCACCAACUACAGUCGAGCGACGCGCAGCUAAACGAAAACAGUCUGAAAAAGGAAAACAAAAUAAAAAAGCAAAAAAAGGUCGAGUAACCACUGCGAGUGCAAUGAUAGACCUCACAGAAAAGCUGGUGGGGAUGCAAAACUCCCAAAUGAAAAUGAUGGAGAACGCGCAAAAGCGAACGGAAGAAUUACUCGUAAAGUUGGAAGCCGAUCAACGAAAACUGGACGAAGAGUCACGGAGAAGAGACCAAGAAUUUUUCUUGCGAAUGGCAGAAUUGUUGAAAAAGUAG